CCUUCUUCUCUGCUCACUCAUUUAUACAGCAACAGCUGCAGAUCCACCCGCCAAGCCACUCACUGAUACCUUGUCGGUGCCCCUGUCCUCUGCGUCAGAUUUGAGGGAGCCCAUGGACGCCAACAAUAGGCCGCAGGAGGAGCACAAGCCAUACGCCGCCGCCGCCGCCAUGGAUGACACUACUACUAGCGACAAGAAGAAGCACCAGAUGGCCGAUGACAACGGCGGCAAGCCCGAGGAGAAGUACAGCGGAUGGAAGGCCAUGCCCUACGUCAUAGGGAACGAGACUUUCGAGAAGCUCGGCACCAUCGGCACGACGGCGAACCUGCUGGUGUACCUCACGACGGUGUACGGCAUGAAGAGCGCCUACGCCGCCACCCUCCUCAACCUCUGGGGCGGCACCGUCAACCUCGCCCCGCUCCUCGGCGCCUUCCUCAGCGACACCUACCUCGGCCGCUACGCCACCAUCGCCUUCGCCUCCGUCGCCUCCUUCCUCGGCAUGCUCCUCCUCACCCUCACCGCCGCCGUCCCCUCCCUCCACCCGCACCACACAGGCCCCUCCGCCGCCCAGCUAGCCGUCCUCCUCGUCUCCUUCGCGCUCCUCGCCGUCGGCGCUGGCGGCAUCCGACCCUGCAACCUCGCCUUCGGCGCCGACCAGUUCGACCCGCGCACCCCUGCCGGGCGCCGCGGCAUCGCCAGCUUCUUCAACUGGUACUACUUCACCUUCACCAUCGCCAUGAUGAUCUCCGCCACGGUCAUCAUCUACCUCCAGAGCAACGUCAGCUGGCCGCUCGGUCUCGCCGUCCCCGGCGCGCUCAUGGGCCUCUCCUGCGCGCUCUUCUUCAUGGGCACGCGCCUAUACGUCCGCGUCCGCCCCGAGGGCAGUCCCUUUACCAGUUUCGCCCAGGUCAUCGUCGCCGCGCUCCGCAAGCGCCGCCUCCCCGCGCCCGCGUCCCCCGGAGAGCUCUUCGACCCGCCGCACCGGAGCAGCCUCGUCACCAAGAUCGCCUACACGGACCAGUUCCUCUGCCUCGACAAGGCCGCCGUGCUGACCCCCGAGGACGAGCUCACGCCGGUGAACCCGUGGCGCCUCUGCACGCUGCAGCAGGUGGAAGAGGUCAAGUGCCUGGCGCGCCUCAUCCCCGUGUGGUCGUCGGGGAUCGUCUACUACAUCGUGCUCACCAACCUGGGCAACUACGCCGUGCUCCAGGCCAUGCAGACGGACCGCCGGAUCGGCCGGUCGGGGUUCAAGGUGCCCGCUGGCUCCUUCGUCGUGUUCAGCAUGAUGGCGCUCACCGUGUGGAUCCCCGUGUACGACCGCCUCGUGGUGCCGGCAGUGCAGCGGCUCACCAAGCGCGAGGGCGGCAUCACCCAGCUGCAACGGAUCGGCAUUGGCAUCGCGCUGUCCAUCGCCACCAUGCUCUUGUCGGCGGCGGUGGAGCGGCGGCGGCGCAGGGUGGGGGACACCAUGUCGUGCUUCAUGCUGGUGCCGCAGCAGCUGCUGGCCGGCCUAUCGGAGGCGUUCGCGGUGAUUGGGCAGGUGGACUUCUACUACAAGCAGUUCCCGGAGAACAUGCGCAGCGUCGCCGGCGCGCUGCUCUUCCUCGGCUUCGCGAUCGGCAGCUACACCAGCGGGCUCAUGGUCACCGUCGUGCACCAGACGACGGGCGGGCGCGGUGGGCGGCCGGACUGGCUGGCACAGGACCUGAACCAGGGGCGCGUCGACCUCUACUACCUGCUCAUCGCAGGCAUGUCUGCGGUCAACCUGGUGUACUUCGUCGCGUGCGCGCGCUGGUACAGGUUCAAGAAGUUGGACGCCGCCGUUGCCGUCGUCGAGCUGGAGGGAAACGACAGCCUAAAGGCCAACGCCGCAGGGCCUCCGGUAUGAAGGUUUUCCCCUGAAAAAAAAAAGGAAAAAUCAACAUGCAGUGCAGUGUAUCAAGAAAGGUAGUAAAUAGGUAGAUAGAUAGAUGAACAGGUUGCGAUCGAUGUAUUGAUUCUUCUGUUCAGGAGUGAUAUCAACAUGAUGGAUCUUAAUUUGGGACAAGUAAAUGAAACAAAAGCGAGAGCAGAAACAGAGCAGUCCGGGUCACUGAACUCUGCUGCACUUUGAGAUCAGAGCACCGUUCACAGAAAUAACCUAGCAUUUGCAAAACAGAAAAACGACAUUCUGCUCAAUGCAAAAUAAGCUUACGGGGU